UUAUGAAAAUAAGAUUUAUUUUGUUUAAAAAAGAUGAACUUCUUUCAAUGUUGUAGGGGAGAUCAAAGUCCUUGUAGCAAUGACAAAGAUACAAGCACUUUUGCCUCCUUUGUCAAUGCCCUCUCUCUCAAAACUGAUAGCGGCAAGCAGAGGAAUAUAAAUGCAGCUAUUCGAAAAUUUGGGAAGUCGAAAAAGACACCUCAUGUCUUCAGAUAUCAUGAACUUGCUGCUGCAACUGACGACUUCCAUCCUGAUUAUCUAGUGGGGGAAGGAGGAUUCGGAAGCGUAUACAAAGGAUACAUUGAGAGCCUUGAUCAGGUUGUGGCUGUAAAGCAACUAGAUAGGAAUGGAACUCAAGGAAGCCGGGAAUUCUUUGCAGAAGUUGUGAUGUUAAGUCUGGUUCAUCACCCAAAUCUUGUCAAUCUGAUUGGGUAUUGUGUUGAUGAUGAUCAAAGAAUUCUUGUUUAUGAAUUCAUGUCAAACGGAUCUUUGGAAAAUCACUUUCUUGAUUUACCUCCUGAUAAAGACCCUCUGGAUUGGCCUACCAGGUUGAAGAUAGCUGGAGGAGCUGCGAAAGGAUUGGAAUACUUACAUGAUAUUGCUGAUCCCCCAGUGAUUUAUCGUGAUUUCAAAGCAUCAAAUAUAUUAGUAGAUGAGGAAUUCAAUCCAAAACUCUCGGAUUUUGGACUUGCUAAAUUAGGUCCAACGGAAGGCAAGGACCAUGUGUCUACAAGGGUGAUGGGGACCUACGGUUACUGUGCUCCAGAAUAUGCAUUGACAGGCAAGCUGUCUACAAAAUCUGAUGUUUACAGUUUUGGUGUUGUGCUCCUGGAGCUUAUCACGGGUAGGUGUGCCAUUGAUUCAACAAGAGAAGCUGAAGAGCAGAACCUAAUUGAGUGGGCAAAGCCAUUGUUAAGGGACAAGCAGAGGUUUACAUCAUUGGCAGAUCCAUUACUUGAAGGAAAUUGCCCUCCAAAAGGUCUUUAUCAAGCUCUUGCAAUUGCAGGAAUGUGUCUCCAAGAAGAUGAUCACACUCGACCUUCUAUGAGUGAUGUUGUAACUGCUCUUGAGUAUCUUGCAAAUCCAAUGAUGGAUGAGAAAAGUGCUGAAGAUGAUCAGAUCACUGACAAUGGCAACGAAAACCUCUAGCGUCAAGGGGUGAACGUAGGUUUGGCAAGUUACUAAAAUCAGACUUAGAACUUAAAAAUUGUUGUAUGUAGAUGAAAGCCAGCCCCUCCUCCAGAUCCCCACAAGUAAAUUACUUAGU